AUGUCUUAUCAUUUUGUGGUAGGUGUUUCUGGGAGGUUUUUUUCAUAUCUAUCUAUCUAUCUAUCUAUCUAUCUAUCUAUCUAUCUAUCUAUCUAUCUAUCUAUCUCAGUCUGUUCAAUAUCUAUCUAUUUAUCUACCUAUCUCAGCCCGUUCCAAUCUAAGUCUGUUCAGAUCUAUCUAUCUAUCUAUCUAUCUAUCUAUCUAUCUAUCUAUCUAUCUAUAUAUAUAUAUGUCUGUUCAAUAUCUAUCUAUCUAUCUAUCUAUCUAUCUAUCUAUCACCUUUUCCAUAUCUAUCUAUCUAUCUAUCUAUCUAUCUAUCUAUCUAUCUCAGUCUGUUCAGUAUCUAUCUAUCUGUGUCUGUUCAUAUCUAUCUAUCUAUCUAUCUAUCUAUCUCAGUCUGUUCAAUAUCUAUCUAUCAGUCUGAGUCUGCUCAAUAUCUAUCUAUCUAUCUAUCUAUCUAUCUAUCUAUCUAUCUAUCUAUCUAUCUAUCUCAGUCUGUUCAAUAUCUAUUUAUCUAUCGUUCAAAUCUAUCUAAUAUCUAUCUAUCUUUGUUCAAUAUCUAUCUUUGUUCAAUAUCUAUCUAUCUACCUAUCUAUUUAUAUUAAUGUGUUCAUAUCUAUCUAUCUAUCUAUAUAUAUAUAUAUAUAUAUAUAUAUAUGUUCAGUAUCUAUCUCUCUAUCUAUCUCUCUAUGUUUGUUCAAUAUCUAUCUAUCUAUCUAUCUAUCUAUCUAUCUAUCUAUCUAUCUUAGUCUGGAAAUAGCUGAUUAG